AGCGGCCGGAGCGGGGCCGGGAGCGGCGGGAGCGGGGCCGGGCGGGACCGGCCGGGAGCCCCGGAGCCCGGAGCCCCCGGGGCCAGCGAGGCGGCCAUGCCGAGCAAGAAGAAGAAAUACAACGCGCGCUUCCCGCCGGCGCGGAUCAAGAAGAUCAUGCAGACGGACGAGGAGAUCGGGAAGGUGGCGGCCGCCGUGCCCGUCAUCAUCUCGCGGGCCCUGGAGCUGUUCCUGGAGUCGCUGCUGCGCAAGGCGUGUCACGUGACCCAGUCCCGCAACGCCAAGACCAUGACGACGUCACACCUGAAGCAGUGCAUCGAGCUGGAGCAGCAGUUCGACUUCCUCAAGGACCUGGUGGCCGCCGUGCCCGACAUGCAGGGGGACGGCGACGACGCCCACGGCGACGGGGACAGGGGGCCCCGCAGGGGUCGCCGCCCGGGCAGUGGCCGCAAGAACGGGGGUCCCGGGGCCAAGGGGACCCCGAAACAAUCGGGGACAGACUCGGAGCAGGAGGAGGACUCUGAGGACAGCGACAGCGACGGCGACGAGGAGACCCCGCAGCCCCCCCCGGCCCCGCCCCCGCUCACCUUCAGCAGCCCCGGGGUUCCCUUCGCCCCCCUGGGCCCCCCCACCCUCCCGGGGGGGCUCCCCCCGGCCCCCGGCCCCCCCCGCGCCCGCGAGGAAGAGGAGGAGGAUGAAGAUUACGACUCCUAGCGCCCCCCCCC